UAAACUGUGCAGAAUCAAAUUAUUACGACGUAUCAGGGCAUUUCGACUGCACCCACUGCACAUACUUUUGUGUUUCGCUGUUUCCUGGGCUCAAUUGCGUCACAACUUGUUAUUUCUAGUAAACUAAGAUGAGUAGCUCGUUUUUGCUGUCAUCACUUUGCUCGAGAGGCGCCGUUUCGACGGCGUGGACCUCCUCCUCAGCAUGUGCGCCGCCGGCGUGCACCUCUCGGAUGGUGCUACGGAGCCGCGCUGUUGCACCCCAUUCCGCACAGCCGGUGCAGCACCGGCGCGGACGCCUGGAGGUGGUCUGCAUGGCGCACCCCCGGCGAGUCGCCAAGGUGGCCAGUGCCAUCCAGCGCGAGAUUGGCGACAUGUUCGUGUCAGACCCGGUCAUCCAGGCCGCCAUCUGCCCGGAGCGCAAGCUGGGUGACGACGCGCUGUCGGCCGUGGCCAGCAUCACCGACACGUACGUCUCCAACGACCUGCAGGUGGUCAAGGUGUUUGUAAGCGUAUACAGUGACGACUACGGCAAGCGAGUGGCCAUGGAGAACCUGCAGCGCCUGGAGCCCUACGUGCGGAGACUGAUCGGCCAGCGCGUGCGGCUGCGGCUUACGCCGGAGGUCCGGUUCGUGUACGACGACGCGGAGGAGGAGGCUGACCUGGUGGCGCGUGUUAUUGGGCGCGAGGAGGUGGAGCGGUACCGGGAGGAGAUCGAGGCGGAUAUGAUGCCGGGCCGCCCCCGCGGCGACGGCGCUAACGAGGAGGAGGAGGAGGCGGACGAGGAGGCUGGCGUCGAGGGCGCUGACGCGGGCGAGGGCGAGGAGGAGGAUGAAGAGGAGGAGGGCGAAUUCGAGGAGGACGAAGACUUUGAGGACCCAGACGAGCGGCCGCAGGAGUACCCCAACCCCUUUGGCGACCUGUUCAUCGACGACCGCGAGUACCGGGCAGUGGCGGGCAAGCGCGUGGAGGAGCGGAGGCGUAGCCAGGGCCGCCCGCAGCCGCAGGGCCGCGGGCAGGGGCGGCGUGGGCAAGGGCAGCAGCGGGAGGCGGCGGCGGCUGAGACUGGUGAUGAGUAGGUAUAAUGUCUGUUUGUCAGUGUAUACUAACGAGCACGUGCGGGCAGCGUGCAGGAACCGUGGAUGGCCGCAGCAGGCAGGUUCAUUGAUAGCGCAGUGCGACGGGAGCACGGGGCCUCCGGCACGCAAGAGCUACUGGCCUACUGCUAGAGUACGUCCUACGGCGCUAGUCAGGAUCGCGCCUGGGAUCGUCGUCUCGCCUGGUGCGAUGGGACGGGGUAAGGGGCAGGGUGGCGUAGUCUGGGCAUUCGUCUCGCCCGGUGCGGUCUUCUCUCCAUUACGUAGCAGUUGCAACGCGUGGAACGUCGUGUACUCGCCAAGGUCUUGUGAUGCGACGUGAUACGUUGUCUGUAUUAUCAGUUCUUGGG